AUGUCACGAAUAAGUACAAGUUUCAAAGAUGUAACUAAAAAGACUUCAUAUUUUAUUACAACACCAAUAUUUUACGUAAAUGCAAGUCCACACAUUGGGCAUCUAUACAGUGCUUUAAUUGCUGAUGCUUCUGCAAGAUUUCAAAAAUUACUUAACCCAAGUUUAAAUAUUAUUUUUAGUACUGGUACUGAUGAACAUGGAUUAAAGGUACAAAAAGCCGCUGAAAAUUGUAAAAUAUCUGUGGAAAACUAUUGUACAAAAAUUUCAAGUAGUUAUCAAAGUACAUUUGAUAAAUUUGAUAUUAGUCAUACAUCUUUCAUACGAACAACAGCGGAAAACCACAAAAACUGUGUACAUUAUUUUUGGAGUAAAUUACAACCACAUAUUAGAAAAGGAAAGUAUUCUGGUUGGUAUUGUACAGCUGAUGAAACUUUUUUGUCACAAGAUCAAAUUGAAUUAGUUAAUAAUGUACGUGUUAGUAAAGAAUCAGGAAGACAAGUUGAGUGGGCUGAAGAAGACAAUUAUAAAUUUGACCUACGUCCUUUCAAACAUGAUCUUCAAUGUUGGUUGAGUAAACCAGACAGAAUUAAACCGAAGGUGUUCCAUGAAAUACUGAAUAGAGAGGUAAAUGAUUUAUAUGAUAUAUCAUUGUCAAGACCAAAAAGUCGGGUCAGUUGGGGUAUUCCAGUACCAAGAGAUGAUACACAGACUGUAUAUGUAUGGUUAGAUGCUCUUGUUAAUUAUUUAACUGUUUCCGGAUAUCCAGACAGCAAAAUUUGGCCUCCAAAUGUCCAAGUAUGCGGUAAAGAUAUUUUGAAAUUCCAUGGAAUAUUAUGGCCUAUAUUCUUAAUAGGUGCAGGUUUAGAACUCCCAAAACAAAUUUUUGUACAUUCUCAUUGGAAAGUUAACGAUGAAAAAAUGUCUAAAACCAAAGGAAAUGUAGUAGAUCCAAUAAAUGCUGGUUGCCAGUAUACUGAAUCUGGUUUAAGAUAUUUUUUACUUAGAGAAGGUACAGCUCACAGUGAUGGUAACUAUAGUGAUCUGAAAAUUAAAAGAAUAUUAAACGCUGAAUUAGCAGACACAUUGGGUAACCUACUGAACCGUUGCUGUGGAAAAGCCAUCAACCCAAAUCUCAGUUACCCAAAGUUAGAUUUAUUACAGAUUGAAAGGUUAUCGGCUGAUUCAUAUUUCAUUGAACUAAAUAAAAAAUUAGAGGUUCUGGCAGAUAUAGUUGGAAGUCAUUAUGAAGAAUUAAAUUUUUACAAAGGUAUAGAUGAAAUAAUAGCCACAUUACAGUGUUGCAAUCGAUUUUUUGAGUAUAAUAAACCAUGGGAAUUGGCUAAACAAGAUGUCAAUAAAUUGGAAUGUAUACUACAUAUAACUAUGGAGACUUUAAGAAUUGCUGGGUUAGCUUUACAGCCAAUUAUACCUGUACUAGCUGAUCAAUUAUUAAAUAAGUUAAACAUAAAUAAUAGAGAUUGGAAUCAAAUGAUGCCGAAGUGGAAAGAUGAAAACAGAAUCGUUAAUCCAACAAACUUAAAAAAAGAUAAUAUUGUGUUGUUUAAAAAGUUGUUUAUAAACUAA